AUGAUAUCAUUAAAACUGACUUGCAUUUCUCAGGCCUGCCCCGCCCUGCCAACCCGUUUUGAAAGCUCUACCGAGACGGACCCGAAAGAUGAGAAGGCGAAAAAGCCCUCCCUCUGGACCUGGAAAGGCCUCAAGGCCCUCACCAAUGCACGAGCCCGGAGGUUCAACUGCUCCUUCUCUCUCCUCGUCCACUCGGUCGAGGGCCUGCCCUCCAUUCUAAACGAUGCCUUUUUGGUUGUCCAUUGGAGGCGUAAGGAUGGGGACCUCAUGACCCGGCCCGUCCGGGUCCAUCAAGGCGUGGCCGAGUUCGAGGAGAACCUCGCACACUCCUGCCUCGUGUAUGGCAAUAGAAGUGGGCCCCACCGCUCGGCCAGAUACGAGCCCAAGAACUUCCUUCUGUACGCGUCUGUGUACAACUCGCCCGACCUUGACCUGGGCCGACAUCGUGUGGACGUGACUCGCCUGCUUCCCCUGACGCUCGAUGAGCUCGAGAAUGAGAAGAGCUCGGGGAAGUGGACGACGAGCUUCGGGCUCUCGGGUAAGGCCCGAGGGGCCACAGUGCACGUCAGCUUUGGGUAUGCAGUGGUUGAGAAUGGGGAAGGCAGUAACCACAGCGUGCCUGAGAGCCCGCGGACCCUAUUUGGUCCAUUUGACUUGUCGGGUGAGCUGAGUGUGAUUCGCCGGGUGGAGAGUCUCCCCGCCAGGCUGUCUACGUUUGAGCAGCCCUCGGAGGACGUGAAGGACCUUCACGAGGUCUUGCCUGUGUUGGGCUCCGAGGUGAGUGACUCGGUGAACGUGAUUUGCCGGAAGGUGGAAGAGGAUUCUGGUAAGUUGGCUGAGAAUAAUUUGGAGUUGGUUCAUUUUCCUCCAGAUUCUACUGGCGAGAAGGUUUGUGAAGCCGAGGGAGGAAUUAGCGAGUUCUCUGUUGUGGAGAAGGGGGUAGAAGUGGAAACUGUUGUCCCGAAAGACGAGCAAUCAGAAAUUAGAGGCCUCGACUCUAAGGAGAAAGAUAAUGAUCUGUGCUCAAAAGAAUCGCUAAUGAAGGAUCUGGAAACAGCACUAAGUUACGCCACAGAUCUAGUCAAUGAUGGAUUAGAUUCUCAAGAAGACGAAACCGAUGCUCUGCAAAGAGAAGACUUGUUAGACAAACUGCCCAUCUCGGAUGACCUGAUAGAUUCAGUGGCUAAUGAUUUCUUGGAUAUGCUGGGCAUAGACUACAGCCCGUCAGGCUCUGGCUCCGAAAGCGAGCCCGAGUCCCCAAGGGAGUGCCUCUUGAAGCAAUUCGAGAAGGAUGCACUUGCGCACGGAGGCCUACUCGAUCUCGAAAUCGAAAACUAUCUUAUUUUGGACGACAAGCCAUCAUUAAAGCAUGACUUUUUGCAAGAAAAGCCUGAACUGGAUACAUGUAGGCCGAAGAUUAUGACGAGGGCCUCCAGAUUGGAAGAUUUGGAGAGCGAGGCACUGAUGCGCGAUUGGGGUUUAAAUGAGGAGGCUUUUCAACACUCCCCGCCAAGCAACUUGGGCAGUUUCAGUAGUCCGGUUGACUUUCACCCACCGAAUGAGGUUUGCACACUUCCGCCGCUGGCUGAGGGUGUGGGCCCGUUUGUGCGGACGAAAAAUGGGGGGUUUCUGCGCUCGAUGAGUCCUGGGUUUUUCCCGAAUGCCAGCAACGGAGGGAGCCUGGUCAUGCAGGUGUCUAGUCCGGUGGUGGUGCCAGCUGAGAUGGGUUGCAACGUGAUGGAUGUGCUUCAGGGCUUGGCGGCAUUGGGGAUCGAGAAGCUGUCCGUGCAGGCAAAUAGACUGAUGCCAUUGGAGGACAUAACAGGCAGGACUAUCCAGCAGAUAGCUUGGGAAGCUGGUCCACGUGUGGUGGGGUCCGCCGAGAGGCAACCCCAAUCCGGAAUCCUGCAGAAAACACUCAGCGAGCAAACGAGUGUCAAUUUAACUUCAUUCAGCACAAACAAAGAGUAUGUGUCUCUUGAAGAUCUCGCCCCUCUAGCAAUGGAAAAAAUCGAGGCCCUCUCGCUCGAGGGCCUCAGAAUACAAUCCGGCAUGUCGUGCGAGGAUGUCCCUUCGGACAUAACCGCACAGUCCAUGGGCGAAUUCUCGGUUUUGAAAGGGAAAACCUCGAACUCGGGCGGACUCCAGUUGCUCGACAUCAAGGAUGACAAUGGGCCGGACGGUAUAGACGGGCUGAUGGGCCUCUCUCUCACUCUUGACGAGUGGAUGAGAUUCGACUCUGGAGAAAUUGACCACGAAGAUCUCGUGGACGAGCGAACAUGCAAAAUACUCGCGGCCCACCGCGCCACGUCACUGGACGUGUUUCGGGGGAGGAAAAAUGAAGGGGAAGAAAAAAAGAGGCGGGCCAAGGGCAGGAGGCACGGCCUGUUGGGCAAUAAUUUCACGGUCGCGUUCAUGGUGCAACUGCGGGACCCACUGAGGGAUUACGAGCCGGUGGGAGGUCCCAUGCUGAGCCUCGUCCAGGUCGGGAGGGUAUUUAGUCUCCCCAAAUUUAGAAUUUACGGGAAGGUCCCUCCGGCCGGGGAUGCGGACGAGGACGAAGAGGAUAAUGAGUGGGACCCGGAGGGGAAGGAGGCGAGAGAAGGCGAAACUGACGAGAUGGAAAAAUCGAUCCCUCAGUAUGAGAUCAUGGAGGUGGCUGUGGCGGGCUUGAAGGUGGAGUGGGGCAGGAAGAAGCUGUGGGGCCCGGCGAACCAGGAAAAGUCUGGGUCCCGAUGGCUGCUGGCGAACGGGAUGGGGAAAAAGAACAAGCAUCCCUUGAUGAAGUCGAGUCCAGUCGUUAAGGGCUCUUACGUCCAGCCCAAUUCAGACAAGCUGUGGAGUAUUUCGUCUGGGCUCAUCGGCCAGCAUGCUCGGAAACCGAAUGUCGUUUGCCGGAAUGGGACUAAGAGGUUUCGCUAG